AUGAUCGAAAAUUUGGUAGAAUUGCUUAGAAAAUAUCCAUGCUUAUAUAAUACGAAGGAUAGUUCGUAUAAAGAUAUAUCAAUGAAGGCAAAAUUGUGGGCACAAAUCGGAGAAGAAAUUAAUGAAACUGGUGAAGUAGCUAAAAAAAAAUGGAAGAGCUUGAGGGACAAUUAUAUGAGAUACAAAAAAGAGGUUGCAGGUACUACAGGACAAACUGCAAAAAAAUUUACAAAAUGGCAUUGGGCUUCCCAGUUACAGUUCCUUGACUCAACUCUGACAGAUCGAGAAACAACUUCAAAUAUUCGAGAACCUACACCAGAAACAUCGUCAGCUAUAGAAACUCAAUCUCCAGAGACGCCUCCACCACAGACACCUCCACCAAGAACACAAAGCGCACCCCCGCCAGAAACACCUCCGCUAGAGACGCCCCAAACAAAUGACACAAAUAGUUCACGAGCUAAGAAAAUAAAAAAAAACUGA